AACUGACAUGGAUUUCCCAAUUUCCCGAGUAAUGUUCAACACCUGAUGUUAAGGGACAAUAAAGUGUUCAAGCGUUGAAUAAAGUCCGGUAUUAACGCAGAACUGACAAGCAAGCCUGUCUCAUAGUCCUGAUAUCUGAAGAGUUCGCUGAAAAACACAACAGGCCACAGAACACACACUGUCGAUGUAACCUUACACGGUACAUUGAUGGUUUAGUUUGGUGUGUUGUAUAGUCUGUGUGCAUCAUCAUGGCCCAACCAAAGCCGCUCUUCGUUCCCUGGUUGUACCAAAAGAUAGAGAGUGGAAGUUAUCCUGGAGUGUGUUGGACCAGUAAAGAACUUCAGCAGUUUAGCAUUCCAUGGAAGCAUGCUUUGAGACACGACAAAAACAGUGAUGAUGUCCUCAUAUUCAAGGCAUGGGCUCAGACCAGCGCUUCUGGAGACAGCAGGAUAAAUGGAGAUCCCUCUGUUUGGAAGAGAAACUUCCGAAGCGCUCUGCGUGCCAAAGGCUUCAAGAUGGUAUUUGACAACAAGAAUGACACUGCUAAUCCGCAUAAAGUGUAUCAGUUUCCAUCUGAUCGUCUUUCUGCAGGAUCGGAAGGGUCUCAAGAGACUGAUUUUUCUCCAGAACUAUAUUUGGAGGAGGAAAGCGUGUUCUCUAAAAACCCAUCUCAAGGUUUAGAGGGACAAUUAACUGGACUAAACCUUCAAGAAAGUCCCUCCCGAGUCCAUGAAGUUUGGAAUUCAGAGCAGUUAUACUUGGGACAACAACUCUUCCAAAAAAUGAAUCCAUGUUCAGAACCCCAGUUUACUGGGAUGGCCCGUUUUCAAAGAGUGGACCCUCCUGUAGCCUUCUCUUCAGCUGGGGGUGCUGUUGGUGGUUUGGGGCAGAUUUCACCAACUGAUGCGGUGACGGCGGUGAAUCCUCAUUCUCCAGAAUAUCAGCGGCCGGCGGCGUGUCCACCACAUGCUGAAGGGGAUCAGGAUGCCAUUCCUGAACCAAAACUGGAGACAUUUUUUCGGAUUAAGGUGUAUUACAAAGGGAAGAUGGUGUUAGAAAAGCUGGUGGAGAAUGCUGGAUUCAGACUGAUGUAUCAGGAAAACAUGGACGAGUCCAGUGCUGACCUACCACUACCAGUGGUGAGGCUGCCUCCUCCACAUGAUAUCCUGGAUCAGACCCAGGCCAGGCUUACAAAUGAUAUCCUGAAUAAUCUGGGCGGUCUGGAGAUCAGGAGAUCGGAUGCUGUGGUUUAUGGCCACCGCUGGGGAAACAGCAGGAUCUAUUGGGGUCUCUGCAAACAUGAAAAAAGCCCAACAACCAGAGAGCUCUCCAAGAACACACCUGACCCCAUCUACUUCUUCAAAAAUUAUAUUUCAGGUUUGAUGGAGUUUAUGGAGACGAGCGGUGAAUCUCCCUCUUAUACUCUUUACUUCUUUCUGGGAGAGAAGUGGCCGGACCCCAAAAUGAGACCUUGGGAGAAGAAACUCAUCAUGAUAGAGGUUAUCCUGACUUCACUGGAGGGUUUGAACACGUUGGCUGUUACACGUGGGGCGUCUUCACUGCAGUCAGUGGAGCUACAACUCUCUCUGGAGCAAAUGAUGGAGUUGUGUUAGAAAGAUCGCUUCUGACCAAGUGAAAAGGCUUGACUCUAUUCUUAUUUGGGAUGAAUUGAAAUGACUUCUUAAAGUGCCCCUAUUAUGCUAUUUUAAAGGCUUUAAUGUUGUUUUGGAGUUUCCUACGAUGGGCUUACAUGCAUCCAAUGUCAAUGUAAUAUACAUUACACAUCACCUCAUUUCUCAGAGAGUCUGAAACGGUUCGUUCGAAGAUUCAGUCUCUGUAAACCCCUCCUUUCCGAGAGCCUACUCUGCUCUGAUUGGUCAGACGUCCCAGUCUGGUGUGAUUGGUCGACAGCUUACGGUGCAUCGGACAUGAAACUCGUAUUACCAUAUCUGAUGAAUAUUAGCUCUACCUCAGCACUUGAUACACUGUUAUAUGAACAAAGGCGUUGUUUUUUUCCGGAUCAAGUCCUUGUCCUUUUGAAAUGCAUGCAACGUGGAUUCUCAGCGCUGAAAACUGCGUCUUCUCGACAUGUCGACAACAUGAACCAAACUCUUCCAGUCUCAGCUACAACUACAGUGUUUGAGGGCGGGUCAAAGCAGAACUUGUUUAGCCAAUGAAGACCAUAGACUGGCAUUAUGCAAAUUUGUUUCAUUUUUACGUAGGUUUGUAACAGGAUGGGAAGU